AUGGGUGCCGUGUCAAGCAAGGCGAAGAAAAAAGUAAACUUCCGGCUCGCACCGGACACGACGGACACUAUAACCCCAUCCCGACCACCAGUGAAGAAUUUUCAUGACGUCAGCAUAUCCGUCAGCCCCGCUCAGACGCCGCUCAACACGACAGAAAUUACAGUUGAAGCCGAUAUUCAGAAGGCAAAUCCUCAACACUCAAUUUCCCCGAGCAAUACGACUGUUUCAAAAUUGAACGGGAAGAAAUCUGUCACGAAGACCCGGAAGCUCGCUUCCGGUACCGUUAUCAGGCGCUCUGAUGACCAUGAAGCCCUGGCCCGUGUGCUCGGAUUGUACAAAAGCAAGAUCAAGCGUUCAAACAGAAUUUCUGUGGAUCUCAUAACGGCCAACGUAGAAGAGGGUAACUCUGAUGGUGUCGUAAAUGGGGACAGAGUUCUCUCCCAUCAUGAUGCAAAAGCUGAUCCGGAAGUGGUGUGUGCUAAGCAUCUGAUGGAGAUGAAGAGAUACAACAGAGGACGAAUAUGCGUUAAAGUGAAGGGCGACUCAGACACGUGCUUUAUAACAGGGUCGGCCCUUCUAUCUACGGAGCGAAUGGUCAUCGUUGACCACAACAACGCAGCUUUGAAGCUUGUAGACACCGUCAGUUACGUCGUAUCUACCACUUUACGUCUGACGUCAAAACCGCGUGACGUAACCGUGCUAAGUAAACUUGACGCAAUCGCUGUGACAUUAACGGAAGAGUGCAAAAUCCAGUUCUUCUCCACGCGCUAUUAUAACACGUUCGACGAACUGACUUCGCUUUACGUUGACGGUAAAUGUGAAUGCAUUGACUUCCUGAAUGGAAAACUAUACGUUUCCUUUCUAUUUACGUCACCGUCUAGGAUCGACGUCAUGACGCUAGAUGGCGUGGUCGUAAAGCGCUUGACACGUGACCAGCAGGGCGCUCCACUAUUAACGUGGCCAGAUUACCUGACAGUUCACGAAGAUUAUAUAUUCAUUACCAACUACUGGAACAACACGGUUCUAAAGAUAUCGCCGGAAGGGGAAACUGUAAAGACUUACGUUGACUCGGAGCUACGUUGGCCUCGCGGUGUGACAUCAACCGGUGAUGGCCACAUUUUGAUAUGUAGCCGCCAUACAAAUAAUGUGCAUCUCAUGACGACUGAGUGCGAGAAAGUGGGCGUGGUCCUAGGCCCAAGGGACGGGCUUGUUGGCCCUUGGUCCGUGUGCUACUGUCCGAAAUCGCAAACGAUAUACGUGAGCAGUUACAGCAGGAAAGACAAUUCGAACAACUAUCUACAAAUAGGAAGUGGCGGAAGUGUCGCCGCUUCUCAAAUCGUGCGCGAACCAGAAGAGGAUGACGGUCAGUCGGCUCACGACGAAUUCCUGUCCUUCCGCAAGCAGAGCGCCGCAGUUUCGCAAGUCGGAAAAGAGGAGCAUCCGACAUACGCUGCGUGCAAGAAGUACCCGAUGUUCCCGCAAAAAUCGCAAUAUUCACUCGGUUUUCAAAACUUUGCCAGCGGACCGGACUAUUCAAAACACGGCUACAAUGGAGGAAGCGCGCUAUAUCCGGUACCCUUUCAGCGACAGAGCGCCGUCUACACCAUGCCGAUGUACCCAGAAUCGUUCGGCGCCAACCAGCCGUACUACCACGGCGCCAUGUCCCCCGCAAUAGGCCACUCACCCCCCGGGAUGCUGCCGAUGGGGUGCGUUCCUGGCAUGCCCGGGGGCAUGGGGUUCUAUCCUCAGGGGAGCGUUUGCGUGUACCUGUGUAACCGGGAACUCUGGGCGAAGUUCCAUCAACACACGUGUGAGAUGAUCAUUACGAAGCAGGGCAGGCGGAUGUUCCCAACCCUUCAGUUCAGCCUGACGGGACUCGAUCCCCACUCCCAGUACAACGUGUUUGUUGACAUCGUGCUUGCGGACAACAGUCACUGGAAGUUCCAGAACGGACACUGGGUGCCUUGCGGUCAGGCGGAGCAGCUGCCACAGAAUGGGCGUGUCUAUCUUCACCCGGACUCGCCCAACUCUGGCGCCCACUGGAUGAAGCAGGACAUCGUCUUCAGUAAGCUGAAACUUACCAACAACAAGAAUGCCGAGACCGGACAGGUGAUUCUCAACUCCAUGCACAAGUACCAGCCUCGUAUCCACGUGAUUCAAGUUGACGCAUGCGCACCGGAGGAUCAGAAGAGUUUGCAGACACACUCGUUUCCGGAAACGCAGUUCAUUGCUGUGACCGCUUACCAAAACACCGAUAUUACACAGCUGAAGAUUGACCACAAUCCGUUCGCCAAAGGUUUCCGGGACAGUUUCGACAGGUACAGCUCUGUGGAAUGGGGACCAGAACGCACCACUCCUUCACCACCCAGCUACCAGAAUGCAGUGCAAAAUACGUCAUUUCCGUUCUCCAUACCGAGGUCUAUUAAUUUCGGUCACCGUCAUAACAACCAAUCUAAUAACGCAUACCAACCGACAUCGUCGAACUCAUCCAAUCAGCGCAAUUCACCCAGCCAAAGCGUAGCGCCGUUUACAUCGAAAUCGGAAAGUAAACAAUUCAACAAAUACAACACUUCAUCGAGGCACGACCCAAACACAGACACACCACGUCAUGACGACGGAAACAGGGUCGCGGAAUCGUACACAGCAGGAGCGGUGCUCAUCCGAAAAGAAAAUACAAACGAAAACGGAAGGCUUGAAAUUAAACAAGAGCCAUGUGCAUUGGUUCAAAACUGGACUGAACCGGUCGAGAAUAAUGAUACCACGUACUCUAAUCAGGAACCUGCCGCUAAACGGGUCAGGUACAACGGUAAUGUCAGCGACUUAUUUACACACCGGAAGGAUGAUAUCGCCGGGCCGACAGGUCCAAACCAGGCUGGGGCUCUGGACGGGUUGGACAAUGGAGCACGGUCGUUUGGCUUAUCAAGUGCGCCUCUCCAACCUGCUGACUGUAAAACAGAGGACCCAGCGUGGUGA